UGAGAGACUGAGAGAGAGAGGAUCCAGACAAAUUUAGAUAAACAGCGACAUACUGCAGCAGGGAGAGAAGGAACUAGAGGAGAAUAUUUUUGUGAGUGGAAGAAGCAGAAAGAGAAAGAAAGCAAGAAUUAGAAAAGAAAGAGUGGUUGGUUUACUGAUUGGCAGAACCUCAAGAAGGCAAAAGUGGUUUUAGGAAAACUUUAAAAGCGGCUGGGAAAAGGGAAUGGAAGAGAAAAGAACCUGGUAAAACAAAAUCAGUGGAAACAGCUCAGUGGUGAGAAAGUUAAAUUUUUAGUGGAGCAAAGUGUUCUAAUCUUUUCUCUCCUGAGGGCGUUUUUGGAAGCUUCUCUCAUCAGUCUGGGCAGGACUCGGUUGUCCCUGUAUUCCUCUCUGCCUCCCUCCUCUAUUUUCCCUUAGUUCACUGCAGUAGAGCAGCGUAACUAGAGACACGCGAUGACUACAGGUUGAGAAGUGAGUGAGAGAAAGGGAGACAGAGAUCAAGGAGAGGAGAGACUGACGCACACCUCACACAUUGGAGUUUGGAGUCACUGUGCAGCCCACAAAGAAGGCAGAGUGUGAGCGGACGGGCCCUGGGUCUGUGCGGCUUCACUGCUUUCUCUGCCUGUAAAGUGUGCCGAGCGUCAGUCUGCUCUGUGCUGCUCUGUGCUGCCUGUGUGUGUCAGCGCCCGUCUCCCACAGCUGAGAGAUACAAAGAGACCGAGACGGAGAGAGACCGCUACAGUCAUGAGGCUUUCCCUUGUAUCGGCUCCUUAGCAUUACUCUUGAGAUUUUGCUUUGGUGCUCGAAUAGCGGUUCACAAUGAAAGUGAAGAGAUGAGCCUGCAACAAGCAGCCCUGUCCCUGCAGUUCCAACCACUGGACAUUUACUGAUUCAUACUACCCAGAAGACGAUGUCCCUGCCUCCCAGAUAGCACUUCUGAGGACCAGGCCUUCACAGCACGUAUUGUGCACCAUGGCAGGAGAGACUCAGCGAAUGCAUGCUGUCAAAGAGCUGGACACUGAGUCCAAACUGCAGGAUGAGGGGACGGCACUGGAACAGCAGAGUGACAAAACUACAAAGGAGUCUUCAGAGCACUUUUCAAGCACAGGCACUGAUGCCAGAGCCAGCAGCAGAGGGCCCAAAGUUGAAAAACUAGAAAAGGAGAGGGACUGUCCUCAGCAGCGUGAGGCUGUCAUACGGCCACAGCAGGCAGGGAAGAUUGACUUCAGGUCACUGCAGAACCAAUCAAAAUUUGCCACAGACAGGACUUGGUCAACUGGCAAAGGCAGCCCCCAGUCCCCAAGUGGAAAGGGCCGCAGCCGAGAGAAGGGGAAGCGGUCAGGAAAGUCAGAGCGUGGCAACCCGCAGCAGCUGUACAGACUUAGCAUUACAAAUCCACGCUCCAAUCCAACCAUUGGUAUUGCCUACCCACAGCAGAAGAUUUCGCCACCCAAGAAGUUGGAGACCAGUCGUGGCCCAGUUUCGGGCAGCUACAGAUUCCACGUUCCCAGUAUACCAGAGAGAGAGGCCGAACUACAGCAAGAAGAGCUCAACUAUAGCCGCUGCUUCCAGAAGGCCUCCUCUAACCUUACCUCCCCAAGCUAUACCUCACAGGCACUGGUUUCCUCAAGUGGAACAUCAUCCCACCCACAUCAACCCCUGUCACAGCAGCAGCAGCCUGCCUCAAUGGAGAACAACAGCACACAGCCCAGCAGCCAGCUAAUCCUGGCUGAUUUUCAGCUGAGUGGCUCUAAUACAUGGCAGUCUCCUGAAAGGACUUUUAAUGGUGCUAACUAUGUGGUUUCAUCACAAAAAUCCACUGCCCUCACAGAAGCUAAUAAGGCAAAUGCCUUUGUGCCUGGUCCAUUUCAAUAUGGAUAUCAUUUUCUGGAAGAAUCAACCUCUGACUCUUUUCCCUGUGAACAGAACCCGCAAUCCCAAGACUUUACAGACUCCUCUCUAGGUUCUAUUCAUGUGACCCACAACUCUUUUUCCUUUACGCCUGGAGAAGGGCAAAAUCUUGCCCAGAACAGUACUCAGUUCAGUAAUGAACAGCAGCCAGAGGAUAGAAGCUCUUAUCCUCAACCCUCACAGUCACAGUUUAUUCAAGGGGUAGCAUCCUCCAUCCAGUGUCCUAGGAAUCUGAGUGAGGACUCAGCUAGCAGUGACAGCUCUGGCUCCAGCUCACAGCAGUCAGAGCAGGGGAAGAGUGCCCUGCCUGAGAGCACAGACAUUAUUGGACAGGCAGACAGUAGGGAUGCAGCCAUCACCUCGGGGAGUAAGAGGAACUGUCACCCCAAAGACACAGCUGCCAGCCAAAGAACACUCAUUCAAGGAAGUGUGCAUAAUGCAAGGAAUAUUUCACAAGGUCCAGGCUCCCAAAUGCACUUUCCCAGCAAAACAUUUAACAAUGCUCUAGUCAGUAACGUUCACACAGGCUCAAUGCCCUUUGAUAAAAGCAUCAAUAAUAAGGUUCUAAAUAGGUUACCACACUCAUGGGAGGGGCCAAAUAAAGCAUUUCCACCAGCUGAUCAAAACACAAUUCAGUAUUCUGAUAUGAAUGAGAAGUUUCAUUUUCAGAACCAACCAGCACUUGACCAAAGGCCAAAUUCAUCUAAAAAUAGCAGAAUGCCCUGGCAGCAGAUACGGCCAACCUCUGCCAUGCCGAACCAAAACAGAAUCGAGUUAUCUAGGCAAAUAAGCAGUCAAAAAUUGUCUUACAUGGUGUCCCCCUCUGACUGGCAGGAUGAUAGCAAGUCACACAAACAUCCCAGCUCAUUUCAGAACAACAGAACUAGUGAUGGGUUUUCACCCCAAAGACAAGAGACUGUAAAACAUAGCAGUAAUACAGUCUCAACUUUUAAAGUAGAGAUGAGCCACGCACAAGUUUGUGAAUCCAAAAAUAAGGCAGUAUAUUUUGGACUCAAUCAGUCUCUUCCACCAGCAUCAUCAAGAAACUUUAGCUACCCUCCAUUACAGGUCCAACCUAUGGGACUUAUGAUGGUGUCACCUUAUGAAUCUCCUUUGCCCUCACCAGUUCAUAACCCUGCAUCUAGCAGUACGUGCUCUUCCCUCUCCCCAGCAUCCACCAGUCCUGUUAACAUCAGUUCAGAGGACAGUCAAAUGUCAAAGUCUGCAACCCCUCACCCAUUUUAUCAUCAGCCCCAAGCCAAAACACAGUUACCAUCAGAUCACCUGAGCUCUCGUCCUCACCAGUUUCAUUCUGAUGCUCCACGAAACCUUCCUUAUGCACAAGACAGAGCCAAAGACGACAUGAUGAGCUACCUGCAAAACAACACACAUCCAAAGUCUACUAUGGAUGGGAACAAAGGUUACAUGGACAGUUUUGGGGUAGAGCAUCACCAGCCUCCACCACCAUACUCUGCACAUCAGCUGUUAGCGACCUCGUUAGCAGAAAAUCUUGACCAGCUAGAUGUGCUUCUGACAUGCAAGCAGUGUGAUCAGAAUUUCAACAACCUGGCUUCAUUUUUAGGCCAUAAGCAAUACUGUGCUCAACAUACGUUUGCACAAAAUGACCUCAAAGACAUAUCAAAGAUGGAGGACAGCCAAAAGUUUCAUGCAGAACCAGCAAAAGCGGCGCCAUCUGUGUCAAAUGUUUCGAUGAUAAGGUGCCCAUAUGACCUAUCUCUGUUGGGCCUCAAUAAAAAUGGAGAACUGAUAUCUGAUAGCGAAACAAAAGGAGACAAUAAGGAUGAUCCAAUGAAACUCAACUUGUUUUCUGGUUCUGGUAACCUCCCUGUCCCUCUCCCUGAGCUGGAAAUGGAGGAUGCCAAAUUAGACAGCCUAAUCACAGAAGCCUUGAAUGGACUGGGAUAUCAAUCCGACAACGCAGAGAUAGACAGUAGCUUUAUCGAUGCAUUUGCUGAUGAUGACCUCACCACUGUUAAAGCAACAUCAAACAAACAAUGUCUGAAAACCAAAGAAUCCCUGGUAUUUGAAAGCAAAACUAAACAAGCAGCAGAUGAUGAAAGGUCUUUCACACAGGGAAAGUAUUUUUAUGACUCUGAUGUUGAGAGCCCUAAGACAGAUAAACAGUACACAGAAAGCAAACUUGAGAAAAUAUCUCUAAAUUUGGAACAGGAUGAGAAAAUUAACAUAAAAAAAGAAGUCUCUCAUAAAAAUUCAAGAAUUGCCUCAAGGGAAAAGACGGGGGAACAAGAAAACAAAGUGAAAGAGGCAAGAAAACUAUGCAAGAGUGAGGACGAAAAUAUAAGUACACAAAGGUUUCUCUUAUCCAGUAAGUUUUCUGAGCGUUGUGGUGUUAAAAGCUUUCAGGACACCUCUGCACUUCGAGGGUCAACGGCCUCCACAUCUCCAACCUCAAGAACUGCAGUGAAAGAGGGCAAGAGGAAAAGCACUGGAGGGGGCACCUGGAGUAAAGAACUUAUUCACAAAAUAGUUCAGCAGAAAAAUAAGCUCCAUAAGCUCCAUGUGAAAGGUACCAAAAACCUCCAGUUUUCCUUAGUGAUGGAGAGACUGACUCCCACUGUACAGAACCCUGCAUUUGGAGAAUACGACUAUGUCUCGGACUCAGAUGACGAUUGUGAGCCCGUAAAGAUAGCAAGCCAAGGCCGGCUGAAUCAAAGCAGUCGGUGUAAAUACACAUACACUAAAGAGUGCAAAUGGCGAGCAAGGAGUGAGAGGGACCAGGCAGCAUGGAGACAUGAGUCGAAGGAAUGUUUUGAGGUUAAAAAAAGCGAGGAGGUCUCUCUCUCGCCUGAGAAACAUAGUUCUCACCAGAGACUCAGACGUAGGGGUAGCAGGUCAUCCACAAGCAGUGAACUCAGCACAUCUGUGAGUAUUUCAAGUGACAGUAUCAACAGCCCCAAAAGCACUGACCGCACUGACUCAGACUGUGAGAAGAAGACAGACAUCAAAAAGAAAGAGUCUCCAGAGCAGAAAACCUAUGAAAGGUCCUCCCCGCAGAAGUUAUGUAAAGAGUCCAGCACACUAGCCCUGACAUUCACCAAAUCUAUCAAGAAGUAUAAUACUGACAAAGCCAUUAUUUCUGAUAACAAAGAUAGUACAGAGGAGCCAAAGAAGUAUCAAUCAAAUCCAGAACUUGUUGAUCCAGUGUCAUUCUCACAAAAGGCAAAAAGCACAAUCAAAAACUUUGAAAAAAGCAGAAGCUCUUAUACAAAAUCAAGAGGGAAGCUUGUGUCUCCCAGAAAAGAAACUGGCACAACAGUCAGUUCAGACAGAAACACCCUACAGAGAACAGACAACCUGUGUCCCAAAGAAGAACCAACACAGUGUAGCAGUCCAGAUAACAAGCUACCAGAGUUUAAUUCACACUCUCCCACCAUCAACAAAGAAAAUGAUUUCAAUAUUGACAGAAGCACAAAGUGCAAAAGAAGAGAGGGGCCCCAAGCCACACAACCAGAACUAUCAGACAGUACCACAUUUGAAAAACAGAGUGACAGUGUCUGCAUGGUGAAAGAGCCUAUUACUUUAGUCAAUGACCUAGACACACACAAGCCUGCUUCUCUCUGCACCUCUUUGAUGGAUGAGGUGUGCCUAUCUCCAACUGAAAGCCAGGGCCAGUUGAUACAAAAAGAUGCACUUCACCUCAUGCCCUACCCCCUGGAUCAGGAACAGGGGCUUAUGAAAUCCCCACUUUCAUUUGACACCUCGUCAAUGUUUGGGGAUCUCACAGGAUUCGACAGUUUCCAUUCAAUAGAGAAUACAACUGAUAAAAAGGAAGAGUUUGUGUCGUCCUUCUCUCCCUUUCUGGAACAAAGAGACUGGAACCUUAUAGUUAGCCCUGUGCUACCAGAUGAGAUAUCUCAGUACAAAGGCAACUCUGAGAAAUCAAAUGAAAAGAAACCAGAUUACAAUCAAGUUCCUUUGUCUCUGCCAGAAAAAAUAAUUGACUACAGUGCAAAUCUCAACAGCUGUGCAUCAGAGGAUGAGCUCGAGAUAAAAAGAAUAGUGAAUGAGCUUGAAAACCAGCUGCAGACAACCAAGAUGGAAACCCCACCCUUACUAGGUCAGGAUGUCCCCAAGCAACUGCAAAUGAGCAAAUUUUCACCUUUACGUCUGAGUGAUGAGUCAGGAACUGAAAGCAAUGGUCUGGAUAUUAGGUGCCCUGGGAAAACAAUAGAUGUGCCUGUGACCAGUCUGCCCUCAGAGCCUUUCACUGACCCGUGGGCCAGUACAUUCCAGUUUGAGCUAAUGGGUGCACACCACAGUCCCCAUACUCCAAUUCAUAAUGAAGCAGGGGCAAUUGAACAUUUUACUGAAAAAGAAAAUGAUGCACCAAAUUUGAUCACCACUGCCUCACAUAUUGAGCACCCACAGCUCCACCACAACAAGAAACCAGAGGAGAGAAAAACUGAAAAAGAGACUCCUGUAGAAACAAAGGAAGAGAUUUUAGAACAGAAGAGAUAUACAGAAAACCUCAUGAGAAGCCUGGAGGUGAUUUCAGACUCUAUAUUCAAAAAAGAACCCAUUAUAUCAGAACACAAGGAGCCGAAUGUCACCUCUCUCACAAGUCAACAACAUCAAGAAAUUGAAUGUCAGGCAACUGAUGCAGUUGAGAAAGAAGAUCACAGUGAAAAGGAAGCAAUUACUGGGAAGGAGAAUAUAUUAUCACCUCCAAAUAUCAAUGAGCGGAAGGACGAUAUUGAAUUCAUUCUGAAUGAGUCACAGUCAUCUCUCUCUAACAGCACUGACCCCACAGUCAAUGGAAACCAGCCAAUUUCAUCGCAGCCAAGUGAGCCUACAGAAAACAAUGAUAGCAAGGCUGAGACUAAAGUCAUAUCAGAGGAGGAUGUCACUGAGAAUAGUAAUUUGAUUGAGUCUGCUCACUGCACAAGUGUGGGUACCCAUGACCCGCAUGUGGUUGAGGAGUCCGGUGGGAAUAGCAAUACAGCAGACAGUGUGAAUCAGUUAUUUGAAAACAGUAGUGACAGUCCAGAACAUUCGACCACUGACAGCUACGAGGAAGCAGAGGCAGUGAGGGGAAUCACUGGACAAUCUGUUUGCUAUCCUUUAUCACCAGCUGUACCUGGCACCAGUAUAGACAUGGGCAAGAAAAUUCCGGAUGUGAUUAAAGCAGCACUCGACCAACAAUCCACUGAUAACCAUGAUCAUCCUGGAGACAUUCCUACAUCGGAUGGUGGUGAAUUGAAAGUGGAGAACUCAGACAGUGUACUUGAGAAAAUAACUGUUGAAACAGUAGAACAGGAUUAUUUGAUUAGACUAUCUCCCUCUAAAAGCUGCAGCCCUGCUAGGACUUAUACUACAAGUCCAACAACUAAUGUGUCAGUGGAGAUAACCACAGACAAUCCCUGCAGUCCAGUACCGGUGGAAACCAAUACAGAGAGUACUAGUCACUGCUCACCCACCAGAGAAACCCAGUCUAUAGAGGGACAAAGUAAUCUGUUGAUCCUUACACAGUCUGAUGGCAACAUUGACAGUGAUUCCUGCAAAGUUACACAAUUGGAUGACUCAUUAAAAUGUGAAAAAGGUCUUGCCUUUGAGACUGUUCAGAAACGAGAGGAGAUUUUAAAUGUUCAGGACAUCAAAGAACAUCUUCCUAUUGAUUUCAUGGCAAGUCACCAAAACUCACCAUGCAGACAAGAGGUGGAUGAAAGUCACUGUCUUUUUCUACACACUUCCACACCAACCAGUCCUCUUUUACCGACCUCUCAUCAAACACCCAUCCAGAAAUGGGACAUAGAAGAGGAUUCAUGUCCGUCACAAAGCAAAUGUAAUAAUAUCUCUAUUAACCAAGGCUCAGUUCAAAAUAUGAAAUCCCCCAUAAACAAAGAAGCCAUGAUGGAGUAUUCUUUGAUAAGCCCACCUCCUCUGGACUUGGGAAUGAUAGUGUGUAAAAUCCCCAGCUCUGAAACCACCAUUCCCUCUCCACUCCCAGUGACCAGCACAGCAGAACCACCAGAAGUAUCAGAUGACCUUGAAAAUAGAGACCCAAUGUAUGAUUUCAAGCUCAGCCCUCUCAACUACAACAGCAUCUCAGAAGAACCUCCACAACUGAAUCAAUAUGACUACAUACCAAUUUCACCAGCCAGUAAACCUGAAGAGAAUCCAGACAUCAAGCAGAGUCCCAGAGAUGACUGUGGACCAUGUGACCUGAGCGUUAACCCUGCACUGAUUUUUAACAAAACUGAAACAGACACAGACACAGCGGUAUCACUGAACUCAAACUGUGUAGCUGAACUGAAUUUAUCAGACGAAGCACUGGUUCUGCAGCAGAGUAUGAAAUUCACAUGUUUUUCAUUGGCACUCCCACCUGAAAACAAAAGCAAAGAUUUCUUAGCUGGUAAUGUAAAGACAAACUUGGAGGUUUGUUGUGAUGCGGUUGGACUUGUUGAGAAUGUGCACAUUCAUGCGGACCUGCUGAUAAAAGUCGAUUCACAGAAUUCAGAUUCUCACAAGGCUUCUGCUGAAGACCGUACACUUAUCAAGAAAAAGAUUUCAGAUGGUCCGCCUACUCCUAAGCCACUCAUCAUCUGUGAAAAUGAACAAAUGCCUCUUCCUCCAGACCCAUCAGAGAAGCAACCAACAAUAGAGACUGGCCAGUGUUCAACAACGCACCACAUACAGAAAGAAAUAUCACAAAAAAAGACACAGAACAAUGCUCAACAGGGGAAAGUGCUCUGUGAAAUCUGCCUCAUGGGUUUCAGGACUGUACCAGGGUUAAAGAGACAUAAGGCCAUGAAACAUCUGGUCAAAACCGAAAAACAAAUUGGCCCGCAGAGCACAACAUCAAGCCAUCAAGAGACUAUGCUUAUUUAUGAAGCAUCACAAACCACAGAAAAAGAACAUAAAGAUGAUUCACAGACCUGUUACCCAACAAAAAUAGACUGUCUGCCUGAGACAAGUAGCACUUUCAUAUCUAAAGCAGCAGAGACUGAGUCAGUCCUAGAGGAAAUGGCAACUGAGACAAGUACAGUGGCACUGGAUGAAAUAGGCCAUCAAAACCCUCAGCUGCCAACAAAAGCAAAGAAGAACUACAAAGCCCGAAAGAACAAAAACAGUGAGGUAAACAUCAAACCUGACCCUUUCUCUGAUGAGCUUCUGAAUAUAUUAAAAACAGACAUUCUUCAAGCUAUAACUCCUGAAUUCAAAAACAGUGGACUACAAGAGAAACACAAAUCUCCUGAGGACCAGGUGAAAAUCAAUGACAGGACUGUUACUGGAACAGAGAAAUUCCCUCACCAUGUUACUUCAAAGUCUGGCUUUGACAGUACACCCCGAUCUCCAACAAAAGAGACAAAUGUGCUUAGCGAAACUGUGGAACUAAAUCAAACCACUGAUACAGAAGAAAUGAAACGUACAAGCAUGACAGAGAUGGCAAACGGGGAAGUAUGUACAGAUAAUAAUGUAGAAAGUGCUAUAUCUGUACACCAGGAUAUAAUCAGAGAAUGUGAUGAAUCCGGAAAGACUCUGUGCGCUGUGGAAGAGAUGUGUGAACAGAAAGGGUCAGAAGAGAGCCUUGCCCAAGAGAUUCUCAGAAAAGUGGCAGUCGAGAUAAAAUGUGAGAAAAACAGUGGCCCUUCAGAUGAGGUACCUUCUCUCUCCUGUUUGAAUUCUUCCACUCUCAGUCCUCCCGGCUUAAGCCCCGAGCUGAAGGCCUUACUUGACGAUGACACUACAUUCUCACAGCUGUUCCCCAGAGAUGAGGAGGCAAAAAGGAAAAAGUGCCAGAGGGUGUACAGCAAAAGAAAUAAAAGACAGAAACCAUUGCCCGAUUCAAAUGUGAUUCAGGACUACCCUCCUUCAGAAACCUUCAUGCAAAAUAAAGAUCAGUACAUGGAAAACCAAGAAGAGCAGGCAUUCACUGACAAUCAGGCUAACCGCUGUGAAUAUGAGACAAUAUCUAUCGAUGAUGCCAUCAUGUUGAAUAUGUGCCACAACAGUACAUUAAAGGCUGAUGCCAAGCCAUUGUCAGAUGUUAAACAAAAUGAUCAGCAGGUUGUUCAUGAGAAUAUUAAAGAGCUUAGCAACAGCCUCUUGAAUCCACUCGAGAGCACCAUUGAUAAAUCCACAAUUGAAGGGAGUUGCUCCAGUGACUUUAAUGGCUUUGAUGAAGGCUCAACGGUGACCUCUGACCCCAGCACAUAUAAAGCAGAAGUACCGACAGCACCCUGUCCUCUGCCCAUGCCCUCUGCCCCCUAUACUGUAGAGCCAUGUGUAACAGAGAGUGUCCAAACCUUCCACAGCAUUGACAUCCAAAACAUCAACACCACAUUUCAACUUCCUGAGAUUCAGUUCUUUGACUCUAAUAAAGAUAUCUCAGUGGCUCCUCCUCUUACAACUGUUCACGUGGAGAACAGAGACGAUGAAAAGUCUAAGAAAGUAAUGGAGCGGCGAGGCAGGAAACGGCCAGAUGGUCGAAUAAAGGUUAAAGAUAAGCAGUACAAGUGCAAAGUGUGCUUCACUUGGUUCCUCACCCUAGGCGAACUAAACUUUCACAAACUCUCCCACAACCCUUCUCCCCCUCCGACCUGCUACAUGUGUGUCCAGCGGAAGUUUAGUUCAAGGGAGCAGCUGAGAGACCAUCUGAGGGAGAAACACGCCAAGAACAAGACAGGUAUCUGGACCUGUGGAAUGUGCUUGAAGGAGAUAUCAGAUGUGUGGAUGUACAAUGAACAUUUACGAGAACACGCCACUCAGUUUGCCCGGAGGGGUCAGACACAAGGCUCCAUGUUAGGCAUUCCAGGCUGCUUCAUGCAGGAGACUGCUGUGAAGAACUUUAUCACCUCCAUCAUGCAGCAUCGACCCAGCAAAACCAACAGAGACUCCAGCAAAGCCACUAAAGAACAGGAAAAAGCUGUUGCUGCAGACAGCACUGUGGAAGAGGGGAAAAACUCAGAGGGGGCUGAGCCAAAGGUUUCCAGAACUAAAAGCAGCAGUGGAGCAGGUAGCAAGCAGAGCACAUUAACCCCACUUGAAGUCCUCCACAAAACAGAAACACCAAAAAGUGUGGAGAUGCAUCCCAACUGCAAAGACCCCUCAAGAGACUGCCAUCACUGUGGGAAACAAUUUCCCAAACCAUUCAAACUCCAGAGACAUUUAGUGGUUCACAAUUUGGAAAAGAUUUUCCUGUGUCAUAAAUGCCCUGUCUCUUAUCAGGAGGCCCAGGAGCUUAAAAGUCAUCUGAAGAGAGCACACGAGGAGGUGGAUGAACUGGAUUCAAAACACACCACCCUCUACACCUGUGAGCUAUGUGCUGAUGUCAUGCAUGUGAUCAAAAAAUCCUUCAUCUGCAGCACCUGUAACUAUACCUUCUCUAAGAAGGAACAGUUUGAUCGUCACAUGGAAAAGCACCUGUCAGGGGGUAACAAAAUUUUUAAAUUCCGAGGUGUUCUCAGACCUGUCAAAGCAUCAGCGUCCAAAGAAGAUGAAUGUGAUUCGCCUGCAAGUAAGAAGAGGAGAAUUCUCUCUGACAGUCUGCAAGAAAAUAGUUCAGACAGUGGCAUCGCCAGCGUAAGCUCAUUGCACUUAAAUCAAAACUCUGAAACACAGUCUUCAAAACCAUCUGUGUCUACAGCAGAUGACUCCACACAGACCAUCACAAAUGAAUACCACAGUAGUACAAACAAUACAAAUGUGAAGACUGAGGACAUUGCUGAGGACUACUCUGAACUACUUGUAGAGCUGGAGAAAUGUAUUCAUAUGGGCCCUUCAGAGCCUGCUACACCCAAGAAAGAGGAAAUUGACUCAACCACCUCACCUAUUUUUGAUAAAGAGGGUAAUGGAAAAUCGAUUACUGAACCAUGUGAUGUGAAAGAGGAGAAUGAGUCAGUCUGCAUUAGAGCAGGGACAACCUCAUGGUCGGCAUCUAAAGAGAGUAGUUGUGCUGGGGAGGAGAUUGAUGUUAAAGCGAAGGAAGGCUCUGUUGAAGGUGACACAGCUGAGACUGAAGAAAAAACAGAUUUACUUCCACCUAGUGAGGACUCUUUUGUCAGCUCAAGAGAAAAUCAAAUAAUUUCAAAGACAUCUGAGUCAGCAAAGCAUGAAUUAGCUGCUAAUGUGAUGGACCAACAUAGGGAUGAUGAGCAGUGGCAUCACAUGCCGAAAGCUUCAAAUAAUGACAGCAAACAGCCGACAUUAUCUCACUGUGCUGAACAGGAAAGUAGCAGUCAGAUGAAAGACAAAGUUGCUCCAGUCAAAACAGCUGACAACACUAAAAACAGCUCUACAAAUGGCAGUACGAGGCCUACAGAAUCCACACCAGUCCUCCUCUCCAAAGUUUCCCUCAAUGCUUCAGCCUCAAAUGAGGACAAAGAAUCUGUGAGACCACAGAAGAAAAGGAAAGACAUGAAAUCCCCCCACAGCCUGCAAAGGGUUUCCUUACCAGCCACACAAGAGAACUUUGGUGUUGACUCAAGGGCUAAAAAGAAGUUUCGCCUCAGCAAGUGUACAAAUCCCUCUCUGCAAAGAAAGCCAGAUGGACCCAACGACUACCUUGUGCUGUCCUCAGUAAGGGACGAUGUCGUUAGCAACAAAAUCAUUUCCAAGUGCAAGACUUCAAACAUAGGUUUGCAGUCAAAAAGAAGCUUGCUUGAUAGCUGUACACAAAAGAAAGCUGAGAUUGUGACUCCUCUUAAUGGGGAUUACAAAGCCAAAAAGGGACCUCUGGGGCGGCCUUUGCAUCCCCCUAUUUCUAAAGUGUCUUCAGUUCCCAUGAACAAUUCUUUGAAUAAAUCUAGGCCAAAGAUGGGGGUUAGGUCAAUGGAGAGCCAUUCCUAUCGGACAGCUGAGUCACAGAACCACCUUCUUAGCCAGCUGUUUGGCCAAAAACUGACAAGCUUUAAGAUUCCUUUAAGGAAGGACACAUCAGAAUCUAUUAACUGAGUGGGGUGUGAUGUAUCUGUGAAUAAGGGAUUGUAAAUUUCACAGUUAUAAAUGUUUAAGAUAAUUCAUUAUGGUGAAUGAGAUUGCACAGCUCUUUUCUGUGAAAUGCUAUCUUUAAAUACUUACGUAGUCACUUUAUCUUCUUUGUACAUGUGUUUUUAUUACACAAAUGUGAGGACGAACAGCAGAUAUGAAUUUUGGGUCAAAAAUGAUGCUAGUUGGGAAAAUCAUUGGACUCUUUUUCUAGUUUUCUUUCGUUGGAUAUUAUCCUUUUCAGAGAUUCUAUGUAAUUUAGCUAAAGGAAAGAAAAAAGAAUACUUGAAAAUAUAGUAAAAGAUUUUCUUCUAAGAAAUGCAUGUUCAUUUUGCAUUCAUAACAUGAUCUUAUCCAUCAGUCUUUCUGCAAAAAGACCAAAUGACUUCAUAACUGACCUGGACUAUUGUCUGUGCACCUUUCAUACAUGCUUCCAACAUAUUCUUUUUGUAUUAUUUUUUAACUUUACUGUACUGCAUUGACAUUCAUCAUAUUAGCCUCUUGUAUAAAUAUUACCUGGUGCUACAUUGUGUUUUAUUGUAAUGUGAAUGCCAAUGUCCUCGGAAGGGAACAUGAGAUCUGUAGCAGUUACAGUACAUUCAUUCAACUGUUUUUACCUUGUUCUCUGUAGUUUAUUAAAGAUACUGUGUAAACCAUCCAAGUACUUCAUAUGUAGGCUGACAGAAGAUUAGGAAAGCUUCCAUUGAAUAAACUCAGGUGCAUCCAAGGACAUCACAGUCCCAAGACCUGUAUUCGGAGUUUUUCCCAUGCACUGAUAAUACCACACACAAAUCAAAAACUCAAUCAUCUGUGUCUGUAAUUCCAAUUGUUUAAUUAGGAAUAGUACUAGGACAACAAAGGUGCUUUAUCUUGUUUAUACUGUAUGUAUCUUACAUUGUAUAAUAUUGUAGGUAGAUUAUUGUUUGGUGUAAUGCUUCAUGUCAAAGUUUUAUUUUAAUAAUGUGCAAAAGAAUCAGAGUGAGAAGAAAGGGAAAUGCUGUGCCUCUCUGCAAGUUGUAAAGUGGUUCACUAAGUGCCUCUUUUACAGUUGGUUAUUAAAGAUCUGUAUUGGUCUCUC